UUCAGAUCAAACUUUCGCGAAGAAGAAGAAGAAGAAGAUCAGAAAUCCACAGAGAACGAAAGAUGAAGAACCUGUUUGAGGAGAAGGUAGGAGGAGGAGCUUCAUACUCCAACGUGAAGAGCGAUGACCACGAACUCGACAUCGAAUCAGGUGAAACCCUCUACCCGGGUCUCAGCCUCGGCGAGAAUCAACUCCGAUGGGGUUUCAUCCGCAAGGUGUACGGCAUCCUCUCCGCUCAGAUCGUCCUCACCACCCUCGUCUCCGUCCUCACCGUCUUCUACGCUCCGCUUAACCUCCUCCUCAGGGGCAAUUCGCCUCUCCUCCUUUUCCUCGUCUUCCUCCCCUUCAUCUUUUUGAUUCCGUUGCUCAGGUACCAGCAGAAGCAUCCUCAUAAUUAUAUUUUGCUUGGGCUUUUUACCGUUUCGAUUAGCAUGACCGUUGGAGUUACCUGUGCUAACACCGAUGGUAAAAUUGUGCUUGAGGCUUUGAUUUUGACAUCUGCGGUGGUUUCAUCUCUUACGGGAUAUGCCUUCUGGGCUUCAAAGAAGGGGAAGGAUUUCAGCUACCUUGGCCCGAUUUUGUUCACCUGCCUCUUUACCCUCUUCCUCGUUGGGAUGAUGCAGAUGUUCUUCCCUCUUGGCCCAGCAUCACAUGCUCUCUAUGGUGGAAUUGGUGCUAUGAUUUUCAGUGGUUAUAUUGUCUAUGACACUGACAAUCUGAUCAAGCGCUUCACUUAUGAUGAAUACAUUGGGGCCUCUGUCACUCUUUAUCUUGACAUUCUGAACCUCUUCCUCUCCAUCUUGAGGAUUCUGAGGGAGGCAAACAAUUAGUCAAUCCUACUUCAAUUGAGGUUGAGUAAGGCUGAUCAAAAAAAAAAAAUUGAGGUUGAGUAAAAUUAUUUAGACCGCUUUGUUGGAUCUUUAUAAUACUGUAGGAAACAUUAUGGAGAUACACAAUGCUUCUCUUGUGUUCCUUUACAGAUGACAAUACUUUGGUGUCAUGUAAAGUUUGUAGCUUAAUAAUUUGAUUUGAAGUGUGAUAUAAAAGUAUCCUAUGCGAA